UGCCUCUCAGGCACAUAGCUCCUUAAUAUAACGUUAGCUAGUUAUAUAUCGUCCCAACAAUAUCCACCAAUCUCUGAUAUUUGUAUUUAGGUUUAGGUUAAAGAUGACUGGGUUUCGUGUCUGCGGUCUAUGGUUUGUGUACUGCUUGAGAUAGUGAUCAGACAAUUAUAUCGCAUGAGGCGGGGUCUUAACGGUCAGAGGUUGCCUGACAGGCUGUACUACGGGCGUCUAUUAUAAAUAGGCGUUACUUGGAUCUCGUGAUUCAGGGAAUACAAAGGGCUAGUCGGUUGUCGUCCUCGCUUCAAAGACUGACGGAGGCGCUGGUAAGGAACGAAACAUGGAUGUCCGGACUUGUGCUUUCGUUUUGUUCGGCUUGAUGGGACUCACCUAUGCGGAACCGGUGAAGUUCCUUGACUGCGGCUCUACUUCUGGCAAAGUGGCCUUAGUGGACAUUAACCCUUGUGCCACUCAGCCAUGUCAGCUACACAAAGGACAGUCCUACAGUGUCAAUGUGACAUUCAACAGUGCUGUGGAGAGCCAGUCGAGCAAAGCAGUGGUUCAUGGGGUCGUUGCUGGAGUUUCCAUCCCCUUCCCCAUUCCUGUAGAAGAUGGCUGCAAGUCCGGAAUCCAGUGUCCCAUCCAGAAGCAGCAGAAGUAUCACUAUGUGACCGCUCUUCCUGUAAAGUCUGAGUACCCUUCAAUAAAGCUGGUUGUGGAGUGGGAACUGAGAGAUGACGACAACAACGACCUGUUCUGCAUUCGGUUCCCAGUUGAGAUUGUGAGCUAAACUAGUAAAAGUACCUCAACAUUUUUUUUUUUUUUUAAAAAGGGAUUAAUCUAUGAAUAAAAACCCUGCAGACUUA